GUUCUCUAACAAUGGUGUGUUCUUAGGCCAUUUCUGCUCCCGUUAUAUCUGCUGUUGGUGAACGCUAUUACAAAGUUACAGCAGAGGCAUUGAGAGUAUGUGGAGAACUAGUGCGCGUUCUGCGACCAAAUAUUGAGGAUUAUGGUUUUGAUUUCAAAUUGUAUGUCCAACCAAUAUAUAAUGCCAUAAUGGCACGCUUGACAAAUCAAGAUCAAGAUCAGGAGGUUAAAGAAUGUGCCAUUUCUUGCAUGGGGCUUGUUGUUUCUUCAUUUGGCGAUCAACUUAGUGGGGAUUUACCUGCUUGCCUUCCAGUGCUAGUAGAUAGAAUGGGAAAUGAGAUAACUCGACUUACAGCCGUGAAGGUUUGUUUGAAUUCUAAGUCCUCUGGGCUGCUGUGGCUGUUCUUUGUCUUUGGGGAUUCAUGGUUCCGUUAGCAUGCCCCCUCUUUGGGUUGAAUUUGUCUAACGAGC